GCGUGGCCCCGCGCGCAGGUGCAAGCGGAGGGGCGCGGCCCGGACGUCCCCCUCAGGUGCGGCGCCGCGCCCCGCCUUCCCCUCAGGUGCGGGCGGCCCGAGGCGGCGGUGGCGCCGCCGCUCCCCCGCGAUGGCGGCCCCCGGCGGGCUGGGCCGCUGCGUGGCCGCCUUCUGGCUGGCGCUGGCCUUCGACGCGCUGGGCCUGGCGGUGCUGCUGGCCGGCGUGUUCGCCGACGUGUUCUUCUCCGACCUGCUCAUCUACGCGGGCGGCAUCGGCAUCUUCCUCAGCCUCGUCUGGUGGGUGUUCUGGUACGCGGGCAACCUGGAGGUGCCGCCGGAGGAGCUGCGCGACGACGUGGGGCUGGCGCCGCCCAAGGGUCGCGGGGACAGCCUGCUGCGGGGGCUGGUGCACGGCCUCAGCCUCCGCCUCUCCUCCGCCUUCGCCCCCGCGCCGCGCCCCCGCGCUGCCGCCGCCGCCGACCUGGAGCUCCAGCGCGCCGGGGGCCCGCGGGGCCGCCCCGCCGCCCCCAGCAGGAUCUGUUGAAGACACAACUAUCGAAGUUACUGCCUCUAAAAGUGGCGGAAGUGCUGCAAAUUAUGGAAAGAGAAUUCCCUACUCAAUGCAAUAGGAUUCUCUCAUUGUGGAAUAACCUCUGCAACCAUUAUGGACUCUGUAUAAAAUGGACACAUAGAGCCAUAUCUCUGCCAAAUGCACCUAUUUCAGUGUUGGAGUGGAUAGUUUUUUUGUGGGUGUUUUUCACCAUUUCAAAACAUAAAUUAGAUCUCCCAACCCUGAUUCACAGAAAAAUCACUGCAGCAUGUAAUAUAGGAUUUUUUUAUUUUUAAUAACCUGGGAAUGUUUGGAUAAAAAGCUCUUGCACAAUGAAAAGCUCUUGCACUGUUUUACCGAGGUCUGGAAGUUAAACUUACUGUGAAUUUUUAUGAUUGCCAGUGCAAUAAUUUUGUAAGGGUGCUUUUAAAAUAUCUAUGUUAAACUAUUGAUGCAAAGUUGCAGAUGUAGUAGAAGUUGUUUAUAGUGUAAAUACACAAUUUACAGUGACUCUUGUAAAGUUUCAUCAUUAUUUUGGAAUAACCUGGAAUUUGAGAUUUUAUAAGUAGGUAUGUAAAAAUAGUGAUGUUGGCAUACCAGUACAUUCUUCAUAGUUGCAAAUGAUGUAAUAUGAUGACUCUUAGAAGCAGCAUUUUUAGUCCAGUGCUUUUGGGAAUUAUUUUCCUAACGCUGAAGCAUUUGGGGAGGGGAACCACCAAAAAAAUCCACCCUGUUGGUUAGCAAAUACUCCAAUGCUUUUUACAAUAUUAACAAUUUUACAUUUAGAUGUAACUGAGAAGUAGCAUCUGGGAAAAGAUUAAUAUUAAUGAUAACUAAAAUUCUUGUGUGGAGAAAUUCCUCAUGAGUUCAUCUGGUUUUGAACUAACACUGAGAGUUUGAGCCCACCAUUAGCAAAUAUGGGUAGGUCUUAAAAUUUUAAUGUACAGUCGUUUUUAUGCCACACCUCAUCAAAUACUAGAGGUGGAUUUAAGGAAAAUGUUUACUAAGAAUACUGUGGCUGUACUUCCUUGUGAACUCUUGAAAUGUCUUUCAAUGUUCUCUUGUAAAUUACUGGAGUAACUUCUUACUUUUCUAUGCAUAUUCUAAUUUUUAAACAUUUUCCAAAUGCUCUCAGUUUUUCAACAAGGUUAGAUGAAAACUAAACUUGAAGGUCUGUAAUGUGAUUUCUUCUUUACUAACUGCAGUUUUUAGGAGGUGUAUACAAUUGUUUCCUCCUUUUAGUCAAUGCAGUGUGACACCACUGUGUUGUUACAAUGGUCUGAUUAAAAAAAAAAACAAAAACUCCUCCCUUAAAACCUAUAGAUCACUGUUUCAGUGUCAUUCACAAGAAUUUUUUUUGUUACAUUUUUUCUGAACAGAGAUAACUGCUUUUUCUGAUUCCCUGUAGUUUCAUUUGUAAACUGAAUUAUGAGAUGUAAUGUUUAAUAAGUGGAAUGAUUAGUAGCAGCUAUAAAUUAAGCCAAAACUUUUGUGUGUAGCCAUUCACAUACUUAGUCUGGUGAAAAAAUUUUUUUCUGCUCUAGUAUUGCAAUCAUAAUUACCAGAGUGAAUUGAGCAGGGCUUUUCAUUCACUGUAGAUUACAAUGUAAUUAAUUUUAAAUCCAGCAUCAAUACUUAAUGAUUGUUGCAUAAGAUGGUAGCCAGAAUGUUGUUGGCUGUUGCAACUUCACUCAAUAAUGGCGGGGGAUUCAAACGUUUACAAUUAUGAACAGUAUGUAUGUUUUAAAUAUAGGAGCUGACAUCAGUAAAGGAGGAUGUUAAUCACAGAAUGCUAGAAUGUUACUAGUAUGGUGUGUCUAAACAAUGACAUAAAAAGUACUUGCCGUGGAGCAACAAUAACUAUUGUAAGCUAUGAUCCUUUCUUUUUGAAAAUAUAAACCAGUUACCAUUUCGUGCAGUCUAUUUGCCUUCUAAAUAAGGAAGGCUAAUACUAAAUAGCAACUGGCAACUGAAUUAUUAGGAGUUAAACAUUAACAAAUAUUUAACACUAUUUUAGUCCCUGGUAUCCUUAACAGUUGUAGCUCAAUGCAGCACAAAGUCCGUUCAAAGAAUGUUUAUAUUGUUGAUUGGAAAGAAGCACUUGUACAUGCUUAGGACUGCUUGCUGUUGUGUGAACACAGAGUUUUGCAUCUGAAACUAGAAUUCCUUUAAAGGACAGUCCUAUGCACUCUCUUUAAAAACACAGCAAGGAAUUAAACUCUGGUUACAGGAGCGUGAUUAUAUAGGAGCGUUUUUUCUUGCUGGUUAAGCCUUAAAACUAGAUCAAAACAGUAUCCUGUAUUCCACUAAAGGAAAAAAGCCAAACCCCUAACUUGUAAUUAUGUAGAAAGGAUUAAAAGCUUGUUGUUAGACUCUAGAUGUGGACUGUAUCUAAAGAAAGUUUUAAUGUGGUAUAUAUGGUUUACUUUCCUUAAAUUGGAAUAUCUUCUCCAGGGAGAAAUUAAAUUAAUUAGUAAAUUCUACAAAAAUCUGUUUGAUGUGACUUCUGGGAGUGAGAGUUGCUGGGAGGAAGAUAAUUAUUGCAGUAGCAGCUUGUGUAGAGAAUAAGCAACUAAGUACAGCUGGUUAAGAGGGCUAAGUUCAAAUAAUGUCAUAUGUCACUGUAACUAAUUAUGUGAAUUGGAGAAGUAAACAUUACAUAUUCAACUGAAUUAAAAAAAAAAACCCCACAUUUUGAGCAGAUUGAACAUUACUGAAGAACUACACAGAAAAUGCAUGCUUCCAUCCAGGUUGUAAAAGUUACUGAAGGCUUUUACAUAUCUAAUGUUUAAUUCCUUUUGAAUUAUACUAUCUCCAAGCUGCUACAUCCUUUAAUACAGUCAGUUGAUGUGUAUUUAAAAAACAAACAGACAAAGAACCCCAAACCGUGGCCUUUGAAAUAAAUGCUGUUAAUGAUUUCCUCAACAGUA